GGCCGCGCAGCCGUCCGCGUCGUCCCCCGCCAGCCUGCAGGAUGGUCUGCGGAGGCUUCGCCUGCUCCAAGAACGCGCUCUGCGCGCUGAACGUGGUGUACAUGCUGGUGGGGUUAUUGCUGAUCGGCGUGGCGGCCUGGGGCAAGAGCCAGAGCUUGGAGCCCAGCGACCACAUCAUCGGGGGCAUCAUCGCCGUGGGCGUCUUCCUCCUCCUCAUCGCCGUCGCCGGCCUCAUCGGAGCCAUCAACCACCACCAAGUCCUUCUCUUCUUUUACAUGAUCAUCCUAGGGUUGGUCUUCAUUGUCCAGUUUGGCAUCUCCUGCUCCUGUCUGGCCAUCAACAAGGAGAAACAGGUGGCCCUCCUAAACGCAUCCUGGAGGGUCAUGGGCCCCGUGGCACGCAUCAGAGUGGAGCAGCGCCUGGAUUGCUGCGGCUUCCUGAAUGGCACUGCCGACUUCGCCGGAGACUGGGACGCCUGCACCGCGCACUGCAAGACCACCCCCUUGGUCCCCUGCCCUGCUUGUGGAGACAAUAUCCUGAAACACGCAGACGAGGCCCUCAGGAUCCUGGGUGGGGUCGGCCUGUUCUUCAGCUUCACCGAGGUGCUGGGUGUGUGGCUGGCACUGAGGUAUCGGAACCAGAAGGAUCCACGGGCGAAUCCCAGCGCUUUUCUCUAACCGGGAAGGGCCAGGGGAGCCAGUGGGGAGCCCCACAUGGCGAAGGAGCCGAGGCGUCUUUCGUUCUCCCAGCUGAUCUGGGCGGCCGCGGCUCCAGCUCCCGCUUGGACUUGAGGCGUGGGGGUCGGGGUCCCUCCUCCCUCCUUCCCUCCAUCCUUCCCUCCCUUACUCAGAGAUGGUGUGUAGUUGAGGGGAGCCCCGUGGACACUGCACUCCUCUGCCCCCAACCCACACCUCCCUCCAGCAGUUGAACUGUCACUGGGAACUUUUAUUAAUGUUAAAAACGGAAAAAAAUAAAAUCCCUUUUUCACA